AUGAAAUCUUUUAUCGAAGUUUCAGCCGAUUCACAUUUUCCUAUCCAAAAUUUACCAUUUGGAGUUUUUUCAAUUGCAGAGGAUGAAAUUUCGUCCGCUCGCGUUGGAGUUGCCAUAGGCGACCAAAUUUUAGACUUGAUAGUUAUAUCCAAAUUAUUUGAAAAACAUGUUCCAGAAUUGGGUAAUCCAGCAUUGGUUUUUUCUCAGUCAUCGUUAAAUAUGUUCAUGUCAUUGGGAAAACCAGUAUGGCAAGCUACACGAAAAUUCCUACAAGUUAUUUUAUCCGAAGAUAAUCCAGAAUUACGAGAUAAUAAAGAACUUCGAAAUCAAGCAUUUAUUCCCCAAAAACUUGCAAAAAUGCAUUUACCGGCUAAUAUUGGUCAUUAUACGGAUUUUUAUGCUUCAAAGGAACAUGCAACUAAUUGUGGUAUUAUGUUGAGAGGGAGUAGUGCAUUGUUUCCAAACUGGAUUCAUUUACCAGUUGGAUAUCAUGGCAGAGCAUCUUCAGUUGUUGUCUCUGGAACAGAUCUUUUGCGUCCUCGUGGUCAAAGAUCACCAGGAAAAGACCAACCUCCGGUUUUUGGUCCAUCUAUAAAAUUGGAUUUUGAAUUAGAAAUGGCAUUUUUCGUUGGUACUGGAAACAAUCUCGGCGAGCCAAUUCCAAUCCAAAAAGCAGAAGAUCAUAUUUUUGGCAUGGAUCCUACACCAUUUCCAUAUCUUCAAGAAGAAGGAAAAACAGCAUAUGAUAUUCACCUUGAAGCUAAAAUGAAACCAAGUAAUAAUGAUACACAUAAGACUUUAACCCGUUCAAAUCUUAAAUAUAUGUAUUGGUCUAUUAAGCAGCAACUUGCUCAUCAUACAAUCAGUGGCUGCAACAUGCGCACAGGUGAUUUAUGUGGUACUGGUACUAUAAGUGGCCCAUCUGAAGAUGCAAGAGGAUCAUUAUUAGAAAUUACAUGGAACGGAAAAAAUGAAAUUGACUUUGGAAAUGGAGUUAAACGUUUAUUUGUUGAAGAUGGAGAUGAAGUUGUGUUAACUGGUUAUUGUCAAGGAGAAGGAUAUAAAGUUGGGUUUGGCGAAUGUAGUGGUAAAAUAUUACCUGCUAUAUCUUCGUAA